UACAUUACCACGAAAAGAAGCGGUCUCGCCUUUCUCCCUGGAGUUUUUUGAAAUAGAGUGAUAAGUUGAUGUCCAUUCUUCCGGAGCGUUGCCGAUUUGGGCUUUGUUUUUCUUCUCCACGCUACGACAACCAGCGUUAAGCGUCCGGAUCGCGCGUGCAUGGAGUAAAAGGAACAAGAACGAUAGAGGACCUGUUGGGAAGGAAAUACAUUUCAACGCGGUUUCUUACCCUGGAAGUUGCUAUUAUUGCUAUUUUCUUGCUGCUUUCACUCUUGAGGAAAAUCUGUUCCAACCUGUUUCCGUCGAGCUGGGAUACUGCUGAUGGACGCGGGAGAGAGGCAGAUUGUCACCGACUGCACCGUAGCCCACAUCGUUGCACCGAUACGGAGUAGGCUAGCCCUCUGACUAUCACCAUGCAGUGACACCGAAUCCGUAAACACACAAUAUCAGAUGCGACAUCUACUCUGGAGAAUACUGCCUCUUUUUACGCAUAGAUGUGGCCACCAAAUAGGUUGAACUUAAACGCUUGCUAAGACAGUCAAACAGUUAUUGAAGAAAAGAAGAAAUACUGCGCAUGGUGUUUCCUAAAGCAACUGUUCCAGUGGUUUCAUAUCUUCAGCCUACUCCUGUUAAUUCUAUUCUGUAUGAAAAGUCAAGCGGAAAGUCCAGAACAGAAGCAUGCCGCGGAGAAAACAGCAAGCGCCAAGGCGGGCUUCAGCGUACGGGCCAGAGGAUGAAUUCAAGGCAGGCAACCCUGACGAGGAGGAGCACCUGCAGGACGACGGCCUGUCCCUGGACGGCCAGGACACCGACUACCCCUACACGGAGGAGGAGGACGGCCACCAUGCCGACCACGACCUCAACCACGACCACGACCACGACCACGACCACGACCAGCUGAGCUACCAGAACUCCCCGCUCAGCAACGGCACCAACCCGGACCCGGGCUACGGCUCGCCCCUCAGCGACGGCAGCGAGCAGCUCCUGGCCGACUUCCGGAGCACGUCCUCCAAAGAUGGCGGACAGGACAAAGAUGGCGGCGUGGAGGACAUGGAGGGCAUGGAGGCGUCGGCUGCGGCCGGGGUGGCGGCCGUGGGGGCGGGGAUGUCACUGCAGGACAGCCUGGCCCAGAUGAAGGCCAUCUACGCCAACCUGAUCUCCGACGCGUCCUGGUCCAGCAUCAGCCAGGACAUCAUGAAGAACAUGCAGAUGGCGGUGGCCGCUGGCGAGAACUGUACCAGCGGCGGCAGCGGUAGCAGCAGCAACAGCGUGGCCAGCAGCAUCAAGGAGAGCACCAGUGCUGCUGCUGCUGUCGCCAGUGCUGUUGGCAAAAGCAGUGCCAGCACCAGCAGCUCAAGUAGCACACCCUCUAAUACCACCCCCACCACAACUGCCACCACCGCCGCUGCUGCUGCUGCCGCUUCUGCCGCCGCCGCUGCUGCUGCCGCUACGAGUGUCAGCCCCACGCCAAACAACAUUAGUGGUAAUGUUACAGCUAAUGCCUCUGGUGCGGGUGGUGGCAUUGCAUAUGACUGGCACCAAGCUGCGCUGGCUAAGACACUUCAGCACACGCCCUAUCACCUGCUGCCUGAGCCCAGCCUGUUUAGCACAGUGCAGCUGUACCGGCAGAAUAACAAACUAUUCGGGCCAGUGUUCACCGGCGCCAGCAAGUUCAGGUGCAAGGACUGCAGCGGGGCUUACGACACGCUAGUGGGCCUCACCGUGCACAUGAACGAGACGGGGCACUACCGCGACAACAACAAAGACAAAGAGGAAGACCACGGGAAGAAGUGGUCCAAGCCGAGGAAAAGGUCUCUCAUGGAGAUGGAGGGCAAGGAGGACGCCCAGAAGGUUCUGAAGUGCAUGUACUGCGGCCACUCCUUUGAGUCCCUGCAGGACCUGAGCGUCCACAUGAUCAAAACGAAACACUACCAGAAAGUGCCUCUCAAAGAGCCCAUGCCUGCUCUGGCGACAAAGCUGUUACCCCCUACCAAAAAGCGAGUGUUUCAGGACCUGGUAGUGUCGCCCUGCUCGCCCGAGCCUGUCCCUACGGGCACACCAGGCAUCCCGCUGGCAGAGAGCUCCAAAGACCAGAAAAUCGCUAACCCAUACGUCACUCCAAACAACCGCUACGGCUACCAGAAUGGCGCCAGUUACACCUGGCAGUUUGAGGCCCGAAAAGCCCAAAUUCUGAAAUGCAUGGAGUGUGGCAGUUCCCAUGAUACACUACAGCAGCUGACAGCCCACAUGAUGGUGACUGGCCACUUUCUAAAGGUCACCAACACGGCCUCGAAAAAGGGGAAGCAGCUUGUUUUUGAUCCUGUUAUCGAGGAGAAAAUUCAAUCCAUACCCCUGCCGCCAACCACCACUCGCCUGCCAGCCCCCACUCUCAAGUCACGACCCGAUUCGCCGCCCAAGCAGCCACCUCACACCCCCAAGACUGAGGAGAGGAAGGAGAAGCUGGAGGAGAUGACUGACAUGACAAAUGAAGUAGAGAAAAAACCUGUGACUGAGAAAAAGAUCAAAGAGGAGAAAGAAGACGACCCGACAGACAGACCAGAAAAGACUGUAAAGACGGGCAGUUUUAAAUAUCUCCGAGAGGAAGACCUUGAAGACUCUCCCAGAGAGGGCUUAGAUAUCCUCAAAUCUCUCGAGAAUACAGUGUCCUGCGCCAUCAAUAAGGCCCAGACAGGCACACCCACGUGGGGAGGGUACCCAAGUAUCCAUGCUGCCUACCAGUUGCAAGGCACAAUGAAGCCAUCGCUGUCGGCUGUGCAGAGCGUGCAAAUGAAGCCCACCUUCAGUGCCACUAGCCUGAAGUCCCUUGCAUCAGACAUGAAUAACCCCAUACACUCUCCCUGCAGCCCGUCUCCUCCUCUCAACCACAAGAGCAAUGUGUUGGCCAUGGAAGAACUGGUUGAGAAAGUCACAGGCAAAAUACCUCCCAAGAAGGAGAGAGAGACUAAGCCGUCUGACACCAAAUCAAACGCAAGCUCGGCAAAGCCAUCACCUGUGGCCGUGCCGACUGACAAGAAACCGGCGAUUCCUUCUGAGGAUUUCGUCAAACCACUAAAAAACGGCACAUUGGACAAGCCGAAGCGGGAACAACCAACACCACCACCACUGCCACCACCAAGUCGCGGGGAUGAGGGUCGCAAGGAAACACACGCCAGUAGUGUCAUCAAGAAUGGUGCGGAGGCCGCCAAGCCACCAAUUAAAAAUGGCUGCAGUGGUAUGGGAAUAAUCACGGACCAGUCGCCUGAACAGCCCUUCAUCAACCCCCUUAGCGCACUGCAGUCCAUAAUGAACAGUCACUUAGGCAAGGCGUCCAAAGUGGUCAGUCCCUUACUGGACCCCCUGGCCAUGUUGUAUAAGAUUAGUAACAACAUGAUGGACAGCCCCAUUUACAGCAACAACAACAGCAGCAACCCCACACAGCCUGAACAACAGAGGGAUCUCAACAGCAGCAGCCAGUUUUCAGACUGUGAUGAUCAGCCCAUGGACUUGACCAAGUCCAAAAGCAGCAACGGUCAUAACAGCAACGGCACUCCCACGGUGAUAACCAACAGUAACACCAACAAUAACAAUAACAACAACAAUUGUAAGUUCAACAACAACAACAACAGUAUCAGCAUGAAAACCAACAGCCAGCCCAUGAUCGCUGACCUCAUCAGCGAGGUGUCCUCGCCGCUGCGGGAAAAUGCCCUCAUGGAUAUCUCCGACAUGGUGAAGAACCUCUCGGGCCACAUCACGCCAAAGUCCUCCUCCACGCCGUCCUCCAUCUCGGAGAAGUCGGACGUGGAUGUGAGCGCCUUCGAGGACACCCUCGAGGAGCUCACCCCGAUCCAGAGGAGAAAAGGCAGGCAGUCCAACUGGAACCCCCAGCACCUGCUCAUACUCCAGGCCCAGUUCGCCUCCAGCCUCCGCGAGACGCCGGAGGGCAAGUUCGUCAUCACGGACCUGGGACCUCAGGAGAGGGUCCACAUCUGUAAAUUCACCGGCCUCUCCAUGACCACGAUUUCCCACUGGCUGGCCAACGUGAAGUACCAGCUGAGGCGAUCAGGCGGCACCAAGUUCCUGAAGAACAUUGACUCGGGUCAGCCCUUGUUCCUGUGCAGUGACUGUGCUUCGCAGUUCAGAACUCCUUCCUCCUACAUUAGCCACCUGGAGUCCCAUUUAGGCUUCAGCUUGAAGGACCUAUCCAAACUGUCUUUGGACAUUAUGAGAGAGGAGCAGGCAGUCGCAAAGAUCAUCACAGACAAGACUUUUGGUGCCCUCGGUUUAUCCGAGGAGGACGCCAAUGGCAUAUAUCAGUGCAAACUGUGCAAUCGGACCUUUGUCAGCAAGCACGCAGUCAAACUGCACCUGAGUAAAUCGCAUGGCAAAUCACCAGAGGAUCAUCUUAUCUUUGUCACAGAAUUAGAGAAGUUAGAGAAAGCUUAAACAACAUCAGCAGAAGGACUAACCGACCACAAAGUAUCAUUGCACUAAAGAAUAAUGAAGCACUGCGACUGAAAAACUUAAGAUUUUGAAUGAAGUCAGGCUUGUAUUCGGAGACU